AUGAAGCCUUUACUUUUUCUCAUAUUUUUUGCUCGCGUUUUCUCAGAUCAGGACGAGGACGAGUAUGAAGAAAGUGAGUUUUGAAUUCUAGCAGUUCUCCAUGGUCUGUUCUUGCAGUUUGUCCUUUCCCAUGGCAGACUCACGAACAAAAUAUUCUGGCACAGUACUCGAUGUGCAAAGAAGUUGAGAAUGAUGGUAUUUCAGUUUUUGUAUCAGUUUUCAACCUUACGAUAUAGGUGUGAGAUGUACUCCAAACGACCCCAUAGAGUGCACCGGUCGGAAUCCAAUGUGCGUGUUUUCGAAACAUACCGGCGACUAUCGAUGCUGCUCAGAUGUCCCGCAAGAUUUGAGCAAUCCACCAGGUGUUCCAGAACAAGUCAAACCAAGUAGAAAAAAUAUUUAAACGAAUGAUUUUGGAAGAUUUUACAGUAUGCCCCGAUGCGUCUUCCUCCUACGAUAUUCCGUCAGUCUUACUUUGCGAUCCAACAGAGGAAAAAGCUUGUCCAGAGGACUACAGCUGUGAACAGGUUUGCACUUUUGACUACUUGAAGUCCGAUGAUUCUUCGAAAACUGUUUUGCUUCCAAUUUAAAGUUAUUAAAAACGCUUUCUAUUUUUCAUGAAUUUCAAUUCAGCUUAGAACGUUGAAAGUUGUAAUUCGAACACUUUUUGAGAGCGUUUUCUCAUUGAAUCAAGGGAUAAAAGAGUUUUUCAGGCUGUCAAUCAUCAAAUGCUGACAACUUACAACAUGCAUUUAUGCUGCAAAUCAACUACUUUACACUCUUUCGAAAAUGGUAAUUUUAUCAGACCUUGCAAACAACUUUUUUUAAGAUUUUAAUAAUAUUUUCUCUCAGUUUUCUACGAGACAAAAAGUUGGAAUAAAUAAGAUGUCAUCUAACCUGUCUAUGCCUGUUUUUCUACGUGACUUCGUUAUCUCCUUCAAUCAUUCCUAUCGCUCCAGGCAGCGGCGUUGAUUAUGUAAGUUUCAUAAAAUUUUGAGUAUCUAAUUUUUACAGAUUGUUUUGAAUGAAUUUGUUCCUACAAAAGGAAACGCUCUUCCGGAAAUUCGGACCGGAGAUCAUUUUUCUAUGCUACCUUACAGAUUAAGAGAACCAGUUUAUCUUAAAAAGGUGAGUAAAUGAGCGAAUUCAAUUUUAAAGAUAUCAAUACAGAUAGUUCUUUUGAAUGAACCGAUGCCUUCUUCAUUUUUCCACGUUCUCUUAUUGUUCAGUGAGUUUGCGGAAAAAUAAUUCUCAAAAGUAGAAUUAAGAUCCUCAUGGGAACCCAGAAUCGAUGAACUUGUACUAUAACAGACCUUCCUCGUUGAGUCGAGAUAUUGAGCUGGCUGUGCCGGUCUGGGACGAAGGAGUUUUCUUCCGGAACAUCAACAGAGUUUUAACUAUUCAGAGCGACCAGUCCUCCUCUAAACAAAGUGACGAAGUGCAGAAGAAUUCGAGUAAUCCUUGCCUUCAGUUCGGAAGCUGUACAUAGUUCUCGUGUUCCAAACGAAAAUGAGAAUCACGAAAAGACAUCCUCAGACGUGGCAAGAUUUUCAUGCAAACUACAGCUCAUUCACAGAGUUCUUGGGGUCGGAAACCGGAAAGCUUCUAGGAAAUCCUGUUGCUGGCUCUUAUUUCUAUGUAAGAAGAUUUUUCACUCACUUUGAUGACAGUUCUUUUUCAGAUGACGAAGUGA